UGCACUUUCCUAAGCUCGUAUUAUAUUUUCAGCUAGAUGGUUUGUUGUUUCAGCUAAUGUGAGCUAGCUUAGCUUGUUUACCGUCGUGUCUUUAUUGCUACUGUUAGCACAAAGCUCAGCAGGGAACAUUAUCAAGAUAAGAGUACACAAACGUUUAUAGUAGUCUUUCAGAUGCUCUAGCAGGGAUACAAAAUAACAUAAAUGAAUCAUGGGGGUCAAAGUCCUGCAGCUGACCUCUAAGUCCCACCAUGAAAACCUGCUGUCCUCUCUGCAUCAGCUCAUGCUGCAGGGACACCUCAGUGAUGUCACAGUGCAGGUGGACUACCAGGGAGACAUGAAGGAGUUUCAGGCCCAUCAGGUGAUGCUGGCAGCAUCUAGCGGCUACUUCAAGAAUAUUCUUCUCUCUCAGGAUGCCAUCAGAGACACAUUACUUCUUUCAAAUAUGCACUCCAAUCAUUUCUCCAAGUUUCUGGAGUUUGUGUACACUGGCAGAGUAAAGGUUUCAAGAGACAAGAUUGGAGAUGUUCAAGCUGCGGCAGAGUUUUUAGACUGUGAGGAUCUGUUGGAGGUUUGCACUGAGGCCAUGAAAACAGUAGUGAUGGAAAAACCCGCAAAGAAAAAAAACAAAGUUGUUGAUAAAGAUAACCGAGAUGAUUCAGAGGUCAGAAAUACAGCCACGAUGAAGAAGCAGCCCAAAAGCUUACUUCUAAAGAGGCGCCUCCCUCCACAGAAUGCUGAGAAAGAAGUUGUUUCAAAAAAAGCAAAGACCACAGUGAAGGGAGACAUAAAACAAGGAAAACAGCUUAGAUUGAGAUUGGCUGGGCGUAAAGUCCACCAGAGACGAAUAGCUGCCAAAGGAGAAGCUUCAACCAGGGAUAAACAGGCUAGCAAUGAGGGCACACAGGAGGAUACAGACUGGACUGAUGCUGAGGCUACACUAGUAAACCAUCCAGAGACAGGAGAUGAGGUGGAGGAUGACGAUGUGGAUGACUGGGACAAUGAGGAUGAUGAGAAGAAUGAUAAUCCUGAUGACGUGUUAGACUAUGUGGGGGAUGAAGAUGGGGAGGAGGGUGAUGAGUCAAAGAAGCCAUUAAAAAGAGUGUCCAAGGCCCAGUUUCAGUGUGAUAAGUGUCAGCGAACCUUCCACUAUGAAAGAAGCUACUUAAAGCACAUCAGUUCUUAUCAUGGAGUUAAAGCAGAGGUCAUCUAUCGCUGUGAGACCUGUCAACAGACAUUUGCUAACCGCAGCAACCUUAAGAUCCAUGAGAAGCACGUGCACAGUAAUGUCAGGCUGUUUGCCUGUGAAUCCUGCUCAAAGACUUUUAAACGGAAGAAGGAUGUCGUUCGCCAUCAAAGACAGGUACAUGAACGCAACAGUUCACGACAUGCCUGCCCUGACUGUGGAAAGAUGCUCAGCUCCAGGACGGCCCUAUUGUUGCACGAGAGGACACACACUGGUGCAAAGCCUUUUCAUUGCACAGACUGUGGGGCCAGAUUUACCCAGAACUCUGCCCUCAAGAUGCAUCGCAGGACUCACACAGGAGAGAAGCCAUUUGCAUGUGACGAGUGUGAUGCCAGGUUCACUCAGAAGCACAUGUUGGCUUAUCAUAAGCGAUCACACACUGGUGAGAAACCAUUCAUGUGUGAGGCCUGUGGGAAGAGCUUUGCAUCCAAAGAGUACCUGAGACACCACUCAAACAUCCACACGGGGUCCAAACCAUACAAGUGUGAAAAGUGCGGACGAGGCUUUGCUCAGAGGAAUUCUCUCCACCAGCAUUUAAAAAUACACACAGGUGAGCGUCCGUACAGCUGUAAAGAGUGUGAUAAGCAGUUCACACAGCUCAACGCCCUGCAGAGGCAUCAACGUAUUCACACAGGGGAGAAGCCCUAUAUGUGCGGUCUGUGCAAACGCACUUUUACUGACAAGUCUACCCUGCGCAGGCACACAAUGAUUCAUGAUGCAGAUGCUCCCUGGAAAAACUACCUUGUGGUUCUGGAGGGAAAUGUGGAGGAAAAGAAACCCAAAACUCCCACCAAGGAAAAGGCAGAAACAUCAGGAUCAGGGGAGAAGAAGCCAAUCCCUAGAAAAAUCAGUGUAACAUCUGCUUUGAGUGCAGCUUCUAUUUCUGCAUGUAGUCCUGCUAAAACCAGCUCUGACUCCAUUGUGGUGCAGGCUGAACCUGUCACCCUUCCUUCUGACUGGACCACUCAUGGGGCUAUCGCCCUGGUCAGCCAUGGCGCCCUCGGUGGGAUCACUGUCAUCCACACUGAGGUGCCUCCAGGGACUCAGAUCCAGCCCAUCGUAACCACCGACAGCACAGGAGCCAGCGUCAUAUCCUUGGAUGGAUCAGCUAUCCCCGUCCCCUUUUCCAUACCCGUAUCCAUGGCUCACACUCUUCCUCUGUGCUCCGAAGCUUCCUCCACUUCUCUGUCUGUGCCAUCACUUGUAGUUCCUGUUUCUGACCGCACAGUCCCAGGGAUCCCCUCUGCUUCCACGUCGUCUGUCCUGGAAGCUGCAGCCUCACAGACCAUUUUAGCUCCCGAUUCAGAGACUAAGCCUUCCACCUCUGAGGCAGAAAUUUUGCAUCCUGAUAUUGAAACUGUGGUUAUUUCUGAUAAGACUAUUGAGAAUGCACAAAAAGCUUUUGACUGUAAAGACAACUCACAGAGGACGAAUGAGCCCACAGAUAGACCUGAACCUGACGAGGCCACAGCUAAGGGUGAUGUGUAAAAACUGCAACUACAAACAAUUUCUUGGUGUACAGGUUUUAAAAUCAAAUUCAAUUUUCCUUUUAAUGUUCUUCUGUAAUUAUUUCUGUAAUAAUGUCUUACCAUACGGUGUUAAAAUUAGAAUGAGCUUAAGUCCUGUAUUUUAUGAACAAAUUUAAAUGUGGUGUUCAUGGUUCAUUUCCCUCUUCCAGAAUGUUAAGUAUUCAUUAAAAAGACAAGAUUUA